AUGCCUCUCGCGAUCGUCGACAAAUUCGGCUCGCAGUGCUACUAUGAGGAUACCAGCGCCCCACCCGGGUCCUCCGAUUAUACCACUCUCGUUCUCAUUCAUGGUGCAGGCUUCCCAGGGACCAUAUUCGAGCGCCUACUCACCCGAGCAGCGAAACAUAACAUGCGACUCGUUGCAGUCAACAUGCGCGACUACUCUAGAUCUACUCCCUAUUCGCAGUCAGAGCUUGACGAUCUGCGUAGUACAAAUUCCGAACGGCAGGCAGCGGCAGUUCGGGCCCGAGGCCUCGAGAUCGUGACGUUUCUUUUGUGGUAUAUCCGCAAGGAGAAUAUCCCACCCUUGUCGUCCGGUGCACAAGAGGGCAGCAUACGCCGCGGCGGGAUAUCGCUGUCCGGUUGGUCAUGGGGGUGCAAGAUGGCCUUGUCUUGCGUUGCACGCGCACAGGAAUUGCAGCCCGACGAUAGGGAGUUCUUGGCAGGAUACAUGCGAGCACUCGUUCUGUUCGACCCUAGUCCUCGCGUCUUUGGUGCUCCCAUGGCCCCCAUCGAGGAACACUACAAUCCCUUCUAUGACGCGUCCAUGACACCCGAAGCAAAGAAGGACUACUUCCCCGGAUGGGUCUCCGGAUACUACUCGCACUCUGCGGCGGUAUUGGACGACCUCCCUUCUCACAGCUAUGCGGAGUUAUGUGCCGGGCUCACAGGAGAGCCUAUGGCAUAUCCAUCUCAUCAGACACCGACGCUCCAUCGCAUGUCGCCCGAGGAGCUAGCCCGGGUGGUCAACGAAGACGUGAUCGCGCGUUCGCACAUCUUCUAUGAGCUGCUGGACAGCACGGUGUACACGGACAGUAUGCACCUUGCACUCCAUGACGCCUCCGUUUGGCCACAGUUGCGGGUGCUGCUACUAUGGUGUGACAUGUCAGUCAGUGGGACUGUCGUGCCAUCCUGGGGCUUUCUGAAGGCAUAUCAAGAGGACUGGCCCGCGAAUGGGAGGCGCGUAGACGCCGUCCGGAUUAAAGGUGCUAAUCAUUUCCCGCACUGGGAUUAUCCGGAUCGUACAAUGCAGCUACUAGCGGAAAUUAUAUGGAGCGCCGACCGCGACCCAGAAGUGAAGAUGAUGGCAGAUGUUAGCAUCUGAGCUACUCAUGUACCAACCAAUAGGUAUCCGUAGGUAAGACACGACUAGAGAAAGCAGUCUUUUACUUACGAGGCAUUGGGGUCACAUUCGAAGAAGCGUACAGUCAUUCGAACAAGCGUACAGUGUUAUCGUCUAGUUCCGCAUCCGAUACUUCAUCAUAGCACUGUUGGAAAUCCGGAUCUCGCAUGGGAGCAAAGACUCCCUCAACACAGAACAGGGAAGUAAAGCGACAUCCAAAAAUGCAACAGCCGUUGGACAG